CAGUCGGGGCGGCCACGUCAUCGGGCUCUGCUCGCCUGCCCGGCGGUGGAUGGUGGGAGUCAAGAUGGCUGCGGCUGCGGCGGCAAGUAUUCGGGAGAGACAAACAGUGGCUUUGAAGCGUAUGUUGAAUUUCAACGUGCCUCAUGUUAAAAACAGCACUGGAGAACCAGUAUGGAAGGUGCUCAUUUAUGACAGAUUUGGCCAAGAUAUCAUCUCUCCUCUACUCUCUGUGAAGGAGCUGAGAGACAUGGGAAUCACUCUGCAUCUACUUCUGCACUCUGAUCGAGAUCCUAUUCCAGAUGUUCCUGCAGUGUACUUUGUAAUGCCAACUGAGGAAAAUAUUGACAGAAUGUGCCAGGAUCUUCGAAAUCAACUUUAUGAAUCAUAUUAUUUAAAUUUUAUUUCUGCUAUUUCAAGAAGUAAACUGGAAGAUAUCGCAAAUGCAGCAUUAGCAGCUAGUGCAGUAACACAAGUAGCCAAGGUUUUUGAUCAAUAUCUCAAUUUUAUUACUUUGGAAGAUGAUAUGUUUGUGUUAUGUAAUCAAAAUAAGGAACUCGUUUCAUAUCGUGCCAUUAACAGGCCAGAUAUCACAGAUACAGAAAUGGAAACUAUUAUGGACACUAUUGUUGACAGCCUUUUCUGCUUUUUUGUUACACUGGGUGCUGUUCCUAUAAUCAGAUGUUCAAGAGGAACAGCAGCAGAAAUGGUAGCAGUGAAACUAGACAAGAAACUCCGGGAAAAUCUAAGAGAUGCAAGAAACAGUCUUUUUACAGGUGACACACUUGGAGCUGGCCAAUUCAGCUUCCAAAGGCCUUUAUUAGUCCUUGUUGACAGAAACAUAGAUUUGGCAACUCCUUUACACCACACUUGGACAUAUCAAGCACUGGUGCAUGAUGUACUGGAUUUCCACUUAAACAGAGUUAAUUUGGAAGAGUCUUCAGGAGUGGAAAAUUCUCCAGCUGGUGCUAGACCAAAGAGAAAAAACAAGAAGUCUUAUGAUUUAACUCCAAUUGAUAAGUUUUGGCAGAAACAUAAAGGAAGUCCAUUCCCAGAAGUUGCAGAAUCAGUUCAGCAAGAACUAGAAUCAUACAGAGCACAGGAAGAUGAGGUUAAACGACUUAAAAGCAUUAUGGGACUAGAAGGGGAAGAUGAAGGAGCUAUAAGUAUGCUUUCUGACAAUACUGCUAAGCUAACAUCAGCUGUUAGUUCCUUACCAGAACUCCUUGAAAAAAAAAGACUUAUUGAUCUCCAUACAAAUGUUGCCACUGCUGUUUUGGAACAUAUAAAGGCAAGAAAACUAGAUGUAUAUUUUGAAUAUGAAGAAAAAAUAAUGAGCAAAACUACUCUGGAUAAAUCUCUUCUAGAUAUAAUAUCAGACCCUGAUGCAGGAACUCCAGAAGAUAAAAUGAGGCUGUUUCUUAUCUAUUAUAUAAGCACACAGCAAGCACCUUCUGAGGCUGAUUUGGAGCAAUACAAAAAAGCUUUUAACUUGGGUGUGGAACAUGGGGGACAACAGAGACCACACUUAACCAGUGCAUGCAUGAUUAUUCUUCUUGGCAGCAAGGCUUUUGCCAAGAUGGCCUCAGCUCCUGCCAGUUAUGGCAACACUACCGCCAAACCAAUGGGUCUCUUAUCAAGAGUCAUGAACACGGGAUCACAGUUUGUGAUGGAAGGAGUGAAGAACCUGGUGUUGAAACAGCAAAAUCUCCCUGUUACUCGGAUUUUAGACAAUCUGAUGGAGAUGAAGUCAAACCCUGAAACUGAUGACUACAGAUAUUUUGAUCCCAAAAUGCUGCGGGGCAAUGACAGCUCAGUUCCAAGGAACAAAAAUCCAUUCCAAGAGGCAAUUGUUUUUGUGGUAGGAGGAGGUAACUACAUUGAGUAUCAAAAUCUCACUGACUACAUAAAGGGGAAACAAGGCAAACACAUUUUAUAUGGCUGCAGUGAGCUUUUUAAUGCUACACAGUUCAUAAAACAGCUGUCACAACUUGGACAAAAAUAAUGAAGAACCUUAAUACAAAAAUCUGCUUGGAACUUGGAUAAAUGUAAGAAGUCAGAAGAGCCAGAUGUUUCCUUCUCCAUAUCAAUGUCCUAACAAUGAAGUUAAUUCUUAAGGAAAUUCUAUACUUACUAUAAUAUGUAUGGAUUAAAAGAAUAAAGCAUUUCAGAAAUAAAUUUUUGAUAUUGUAUAUUCACACUCCUGUUACGUUUGAGAAAGUACUUUGGAAGGAAAAGAUGCCUGAAUAUAAUAUGUUAAUAUGUUUAUUAUUGAAGCCAGUGAAAAUUUAAGAAUAUAAUAUACAAAUGUUAUUUGGUUCAUGAAUCUCUUUACUUGUAUGCAUUUUAAUUGUAAAAUCACCUUACCUUGGUUUCCUCUGUUGCCUCUAGAUUUAAAGUGGAGAUUUUAAAGCA